AUGUUACACAACUGCGCAAGAAGCACUGGACCGGCACCAGGUGGUGGUUUCGAAGGCGAUAUCAUUCUUCAAACUGACUUUAGAGGCGUUGCAAAUAUUGGACAAGCAACAAGAUGGACGAGUGGUCAGGUCCCAUACGAUUGGUCAGCUGUUACAGGUUCAUAUCAUACGCAGCUAAAACAUCCCAAAACUAAUAUAUCAAUUAUUUAUUGUUGUUUUCAUCCCUUUAUAGAUAAAAAAGAUCGAGAUUCAAUAAAAGCUGCUAUGGAUCAAAUUGUACGUGACACAUCUGUAAAUAAUAAAGCUUGCGUAGGGUUUCGACCUAAAACAGCAGCCGACAAAAAUUUUAUAACAAUUAGAUAUGGUACCGGCUGUAGUGCAGCAAAUUGGUCUGGAUCAAAAUUCGUCACAUUACAAAAAAAUGGUUGUUUUAGUAAAGGCACAAUUAUGCACGAAUUAAUCCAUGUAUUAGGUUUUUGGCAUGAGCAUACAAGUCCAGAUCGUGAUGCAUACGUAUCAAUCAACUAUGGCAACAUUGCAGCAAGCAACACACAUAAUUUCAAUAAACGUACAACUGGUCAAACAGAAAAUCUUGGUCUUGGUUAUGAUUAUAGUUCUCUAAUGCACUACGGUUCAACGGCGUUCAGUACAAAUGGUAAACCAACCAUCGUCGUCAAAAAAGCGGGUGCUACGAUUGGACAACGAGGUGGUUUAAGUGCAACAGAUGUGAAAAAAAUUCGAAAAUACUAUGGUUGUAAAUGA